AUGCGGGCCUCCUGGCGGAGGCGGGGCUACGAGAGGCUGGCCGGGUCGGGCAGCCGGCGCGAGGACCGGGCGUAUCUGGACCCGGCCCGUGGGAGGCGGGGGAGGAGGCGGUCCUGGCGGGUCAAGCUGACCCCCCGGGUGAAGCUGCUCCGGCUCGCGGCGUCGCCCCGGAGGUUCUUCCUCUGGCUCCGGGACGCCUACGUGAAGAUGAUGCUCGGGUUCGCGAGCUCGGGCAUGCUCGGCAGCGGGUUCGGGUACGGGUGCGGGGUGUCCAUCGGCGACUCCGGGGGCGCCGGGUUCGGGAGGGCCCCGGCGAAGGAGUACGACCAGAAGACGCUGGUGGAGAUCUACAAGUCGAUGCUUGUCGCGCACGGCCAGCCUCCGCCGCCGCGCGGAGCAGGGACGCUCGGCUCCGAGGUCGCUCGCCGACGGGUGAAUUGA